GUCCGCGUCCACGGCCCGGGAGCAGCGAUGGCAGCAGGCUAGUGCUGCCCGGAGAACGGACCGAGCGAGAGCUUGUCGGGGAUGGCGGACCAACCUCUGACAGUGUUCGCCAGACUUUUCGCUGCUGGAUUCUACGGCGUCAGCUCCUUCCUCAUCGUCGUGGUCAACAAGAGCGUGCUGACCAACUACAGGUUUCCAUCCUCACUAUGCGUUGGAGUAGGUCAAAUGCUGGCCACGGUGGUGGUGCUGCGGGUGGGCAAGGCCGCCAGGGUGAUCAGCUUCCCAGACUUUGACGAAAGCAUCCCCCGCAAAACGUUUCCUCUACCUCUCCUGUACGUGGGAAAUCAGAUCUCCGGUCUCUUAGGUACCAAACGGCUGACUCUGCCAAUGUUUACUGUCCUCAGGAGGUUCUCCAUCUUAUUUACCAUGCUGGCUGAGGGACUUCUGCUCAAGAAGAAGUUCUCCCGGCCUGUGCAGCUGACAGUAUUUACAAUGAUCCUCGGGGCGUUUAUAGCUGCUAGCGCCGACAUGUCCUUUGACCUUCAGGGCUACCUGUUCAUCCUCCUGAACGAUGUGCUGACUGCAACUAACGGGGCCUAUGUGAAGCAAAAACUGGACGCCAAGGAGCUGGGGAAGUUUGGAUUACUCUAUUAUAAUGCAUUAUUCAUGAUUCUGCCCACUCUGCUGCUGGCUCAUGUGACCGGGGAGAUGCAGAAGGCAGUGGAGUAUGAGAACUGGUCCGAUGUGUUUUUCGUCUCCCAGUUCGCCCUCUCCUGCGUUAUGGGGUUUGUUCUGAUGUACUCCACGGUGCUCUGCACGCAGUACAACUCGGCUUUAACAACCAGCAUCGUGGGCUGCAUCAAGAACGUCCUGGUGACAUACAUCGGCAUGGUGUUCAGUGACGACUACAUCUUCUCCUGGAUGAACUUCAUUGGACUGAAUAUCAGUAUUGCGGCCAGUCUGGCGUACUCCUACAUCACUCUGACGGAGGAGCAGUCCAGCAAAGCCCCAGAAAACUCCAAACUGGACAUCAAGGGCAAAGUGGUUGUAUGACGGUGACACAGACUUUUUUUUCCAUAAAGCAGCGAGGAAACUGUCACUGAUACCACAGGUGGUGUACGGAAUGGACCUGAGACUUGCUGUUCUCCUGAACUGGCUUGGUCAGCAGUCGCAGACUUACCGAGACCCUGUUUUGUGGGUUUCGUUUUAGCUUAAUUUCUUUUGAAAUAACUUUAUUUUAAUGUAGCCAAGAGCGCAAAGGGAAACUGGGAAGCGAGCUUUCGUGUUUGUGGUCAUGGAUCACAUCUCUCAGUUUCUACGGCACAAUGUUUAUUUAAGUGUUACUGUGUUUUACUGUUGACAAGGAAUGUAACUCCAACACCUUCUGAGUGGGACGCACUGACUGUUUCAUUCAUGUUUUCACACGCACUUGUUCACCAGGACGUCAGUGCGGAGGCGGCCCCUGAUGAACUCGGAUUCUGUUAGCGUUGCUGUGAGAAAGAUCAGUUUACAUUUCGUUCACCAUGUAUUAGUAAACAUGACUGGCUCCCCCUGGAGGCGUCACGCCCGCUGAUGAUGUUGCAUUCAUGUCUGAACUGAGAUUAUUGUGACUUUUUUAUUAUUGUAUUAUCUCAAACUUUUAAUAGUUGGCUGAGCAUGUGGAUAUUUAUUACUAUUUUUGGACAAUUUGUCGGUGGAGUUGCUUUGAGGGGUCUAAAUGUCACCUCAAACCGUGACUAUGGGUUUUUAGCUGAAAUAUUGUAUUUUUACAUUAAAAGUCUAAUGUGA